CAUUUCAUCGUUAUGAAGCACGUCUUCCUGUUGUUGAUUCAAGUCGCUCUUGCGACCAGCGCCAAAGUUACGCGUCCGGACUAUUCAAAAUUCGCUACAAUCGUUCCUGCUCGAUUUCGCGAUGGCCAUCGCUACUAUACGGAUGUUGACAACGUUAAGGAACGAAGAAUAUUCAAACCUAUAGCACUUUACGCAAUGAGAAAGGAAGUCCUCUUCGGGGAAUUUAAUGUUAGCUCGGGAUGUGCAACAUUUGCUAGCCAUCGUAAUGUAAUACAGAAAUGCGAUUAUCAGUUCUUCCUUCUACACAGUGACUACAGCAUUUUCUCAAGGAUCACUUUGUCUGAAUACUUUGGAGGAAAGAAAUGUAAAGCUGUAGAAUUUGCGAACAAUAUGGUGUUGCUUGUCAAACACGAUGUUAGCAAUUUCGAAUCCCCAAAAGCUGUAGGUACAUAUUCAAGAGAGAGAAAUGCUGGCUACGUCAUCAAUCAUCUUAAUAAAAAGGUUUCCUACAGAUAUUUGACCAAAAAGCUACAAAAGCAAUACUACGGUGCACAGAUGUUUGAAGUACUAUGCCAAGAACUUCUGGAAGCAAAAUAAACGAUUUUCUGGG